CAACAAAGGUAGCUUGUACAGGAUCUGGGAGCCUCUGGAGAGAAAUCACCUUUACCAAAGACCCGCCCCCAACCUCAUUUGCUGUCUUAAUGCUCGUAUUUCAUUGGCUCUGAUUCAGUACAUGGGUCCCCCUCAACUGUAAGGAAGGAUGGGAUUUAUAGGCUGUGUUACCAUGGAGAAAAGAAACUGGAGAGCCUCCUGAGGGCACCCCUUUCUAACCCCUUCCCCUACUGGAUCAGAUGUCCUCGCUGCUGCUGUUUUCUCUACCACCCUGUCUGCUUUCUCCCCCAGGAGCCCCCCUCUGGGCAGGAGAUGCACCCUCUGUAAUAUCUGUGGGCACAACAGCUUAAAGUCUAUGGUGAUCAAAAGAAGUUGGUCACGAUUUGUCAGUAGAGAAUGGGAAAGUGAGUUAAAACAAAGUAUGCUGGCUGGUGAGAUGGCUUCCACACGUGAUCCCUUAUUUUAAGUUUUGGACAAGGUUCCAGUAUGUGGUCCAGGCUGGCCUCAAUCUCAUAACCCUCGCCACAUGCAACAAUGGGUGCUGACAGUAUCUGUUGUUCUCUCUCUCUCUCUCUUUCUCUCGAUAUAUAUUAUAUAAUAAUAUAUAUUAUCUCCAGGUCUAAGCUCCUGGCAAGUGUGUAUUUGGCCUGUGACUUUGAUGUUCCCUAUUCUGCCUAACUUUCUUUUUUGUGAUGAACCCAUAGAGCAGCCAAGAGGCUUGAAUGAGCUGCCCUCAGGUGGAUCAGUUCAUCUUAUAGUCUGGCGCCCCCACCCCCUAGCCUUCAAGCACGCAGUAGCUGUGCCCUUGGCCCAAGGGCAUCUAGAAUUGAACUAGUAGCCGAGCCCUUGGGUAAAUGAACUACCUGGCUGUUGGGGUCUAGAGAGGGGCGGGGCCAGUCGGAGGACAGUAAGAAGACAAGGGCACCACCUGGGCAUUCCGUUCAUUAUCCCCAGGGAGGGCGCUCAUAAAUAUUCAUAUGCACUGGAGGGGGAUGGAAGGAGCCAACCAGCCGCCCGCUGGGUAUCAUUAGAGCAUUCUUGUCUCUGACUGCAGAGGCAGCCUGGGUGUUGGAAGAGGAAAGGGGCGGCUAGUCGCAGCCCAAGCAGUUGUCUGAGAUGCCUCUGCUGUCGAAGAAGCCCUGGGAGUCCAAGGCCAAGGGGCUGGUGCUGGGCGCUCUCUUUACCAGCUUCCUGUUGCUGCUCUACUCCUAUGUGGUACCACCUCUCCACCCCAACGUGGCCUUCACGACCUCGGAGCCCGCAGCGCCCUGCUCCCCUGCUCCCAGUGAGUCAGAGGUGGCCACUCCUGGCAACGGCUCUGCCAGAAGGUGCCAACCUCGGCAAGACAUCGUGUUCAUGAAGACUCACAAGACCGCCAGCAGCACGCUGCUCAACAUCCUCUUCCGCUUCGGCCAGAAGCAUGGGCUCAAGUUCGCCUUCCCCAAUGGCCGCAACGACUUCCACUACCCGUCCUACUUCACACGCAGCCUGGUGCAGGACUACCGACCCGGGGCCUGCUUCAACAUCAUCUGCAACCACAUGCGCUUCCACUACGAAGAGGUGCGCGGGCUGGUGCGGCCCGGCGCUGCCUUCAUCACCGUCAUCCGCGACCCUGCGCGUCUCUUCGAGUCUUCCUUCCAUUAUUUUGGGUCCCUGGUGCCGCUCACCUGGAAGCUGUCGAGCCACGACAAGCUGGCAGAGUUCCUGCAGGACCCCGAUCGCUACUACGACCCGAGCGGCUACAACGCGCACUACCUCCGCAACCUACUCUUCUUCGACCUAGGCUACGACAGCGGCCUGGACCCGGGCAGCCCGCGCGUGCAGGAGCACAUCCUGGAGGUGGAGCGCCGCUUCCACCUGGUGCUGCUGCAGGAGUACUUCGACGAGUCCCUGGUGCUGCUCCGGGAGCUGCUCUGCUGGGACCUGGAGGACGUGCUGUACUUCAAGCUCAACGCGCGGCGCGACUCGCCGGUGCCGCGGCUCUCUGGCGAGCUGUACCGCCGUGCCACCGCUUGGAACCUGCUGGAUGUGCACCUCUACCGCCACUUCAAUGCCAGCUUCUGGCGAAAGGUGGAGGCCUUCGGGCACGAGCGCAUGGUGCGCGAGGUGGCCGAGCUACGCCAAGCCAACGAGCGCAUGCGCCGUAUCUGCAUCGAUGGCGGCCAAGCGGUGGACGCCGAGGCCAUCCAGGACUCGGCUAUGCAGCCCUGGCAGCCCCUGGGCGUCAAGUCCAUCCUAGGUUACAACCUCAAGAAGAGCAUCGGGCCGCAUCACGAGCAGCUCUGCCGGCGCAUGCUCACGCCCGAGAUCCAGUACCUGUCCGACCUCGGCGCCAAUCUCUGGGUCACCAAGCUCUGGAAGUUCCUUAGGGACUUCUUAAGGUGGUGACAUACCCUGCCCACUUUCCGGUCUGGCUCCCUGCUGCAGAAGGGCUUGCCAGGGUGCCUCUGGCCCCUAGCCUUCCCCAGUCAUGCCUGGUGCCACCCUGGGGUCCCCUGGGGUUAUUAGCUGGCCGGGACUAGUCUCUCUGCACAAGAGAGAGAGCCUAACCGAGAAGUAUUUGACUAAUUAUGUAAUUUUGUAUUAAAUCUCCUUUAUUUCCAGACCUCUUU